UAUUGGUAUUGUGUACACAGAUAAAAUAUGGCCAAUUUGUCAUGCAUGCUAUAUGAAAAUUCUGCAGUUUGAAUACUGUAGUUGAACGUUUUUAAAUUGGGACACACACACAGAGAGAGAGUAUACUUUUGUGUACAUGUGUAACAUAGGAUCCAACAACUGUCUAUCCAAAAAGGGUAUUGUCUUUUGCUUUCUGUGUUUUUCUCUGGCCUCUCCUGCAGUCCAUUGAGGUUCAGAGAUGGGGUCCUUUAAGCAUCUCUCAAUCCUUUUUAGUGCAGUGGUUUGCAUGCUGAGUUGCCAUCUGGGUCAUGUUGCCUAUUAAGGGAGGAGAAGAGCCUCUGUGCCGAGGAUUUAAUGCGCAAUAUUGACUUUGUGCUUUUUGUCCUUUCCUGUUUUCCUGUCGCUCAGCAUCUGUUUAUUCUCCCUGAGCACAAAACACUAGAAUUAGUAAAAUGAGCUUCCCACCGUAGUUAGCAUGGUGACAGUUUACUAUUGUGUAUUUGGGUGUUGUGUAUGAGUUGGUGAUUUUUAUAUCUGCAGUCCUCAAUCAUCACCUGUGUGUGUGUGUGUAUGUCAGUCAGCCCCUUUGCUUCUGGCUCUCCAGGGUGCUGUGAGCAGAAUGAGUAAAAAGCGAGUGAGUGAGCAUUAAUAAGUUGCUGGUGCUGCACGUGCAGAAUGUCCUCUGUUCUCUGUGAGGGUGCUGAAGGCAGUUCUGGCUGGUAGCCAGCCUUCCGAUUACACACUGAAUGUGUGUGUCCCACUUAUGGGAACAAAGGCAAGGAACCAGCACUGCACCUCACAGCUCACCACAGAUAUAGCUCAUGUGCCCGUCACACCUUCUUUCUUGCCAUCCGAUCCCGUUGUAUAGGGUUAAAACAGGAUGUGAUUAAUAAUACACCCUUCACAGUGCUCCAUUAUUUUUAUUGGUGCCUUCCUGGAACAGAUUUCCACAACAUUUGUCUUUGAAUCUGUCUCCAGUAAUGAAUAGAUAUGACAUCAUUUUAAUAUUCCAGCAUGGUGUUGCUCCUGAUUUGAUCAAAUAAAGAAGCCUACAGCUUUACAACAUGAGGGCAGGACUGUUCCAAAGCCUAACAUGAACUGAGAGAGAAAGUGAGAGAUGUUCCACAAUUAGAAACAGCAUAUUGCUGCUCCCCCCACCCCAAAGGGAUUGACUAGUGCAGCAGUUCUGCUGCUUCUCUUUUCUCCCCCCGUCUCUCUUUCCCUGGCUUUCUGAAGAGAGUACGGGGAGAGCUUACUGCAAGCAUAUGAAGUGUGUGAUUAAAAAGCCUGGAGGUGUGUGUCUGUGAGUGAGAAAGGGAGCAGCAUGUCAUCUCUCAGCUGCUGCUCUCUUGAAUAGUAAUCAGUGUUGGAGGGAGACAGAAGCUGGCAGUCCUGCUGCAUUAUCUUCUUGCCCGCUGAGUGCCAUAGAGCUCACAUAGGAUGGUCAGCUGGCUGAGGGAUUUCAAAACGCAAACUACAUAGCACUAAUGGCUUGAUAUUCUCCUGGUGUGUGUCUAUGGGAUUGCAUUUUCAGCUGGCUUUGAUUGACUCCACACCCUGCACUUUGUCUAAAGCUGAAAUUCACUUCCACAUUGCUCAUUUAUAUGAAAUUCAGAAGAAGUACCGUGCGGCAAAAGAAGCAUAUGAAAGUCUGUUACAGACCGAGAAUCUCCCGGUACAGGUGAAGGCAACUACUCUCCAACAACUGGGCUGGAUGCAUCACACAGUCGAACAGCUAGGAGAUAAAGCUAACAAAGACAGCUAUGCUAUUCAGUGUCUGCAGAAGUCUCUGGAAACAGAUCCUGACUCUGGACAAUCUUGGUACUUCCUGGGCAGGUGCUACUCCAGUAUUGGAAAGGUCCAGGAUGCGUUUAUUUCAUACAGGCAAUCCAUUGAUAAGUCGGAGGCUAGUGCUGAUACGUGGUGCUCAAUAGGUGUGUUAUAUCAGCAACAGAACCAGCCGAUGGACGCACUUCAGGCCUAUAUAUGUGCAGUACAGCUGGAUCACAGCCAUGCCGCUGCCUGGAUGGACCUGGGAACCCUCUACGAGUCCUGCAACCAGCCUCAGGAUGCCAUCAAAUGCUACAUUAACGCCACCUGCAGCAAGUCCUGCUCUAACGUUACUGCUCUCACUGCCCGUAUUAAAUGUCUACAGGCUCAGUUGUGUAAUCUACAGCAAGGUAGUCUACAGAGUAAAAGUAAAAUGCUCCCUAGUAUUGAGGAGGCAUGGAGCCUACCAAUUCCAGCAGAGCUUACCUCCAGACAGGGAGCCCUGAACACAGCACAGCAGCAAGCAGGAAAAUCUCAUCAGCAUGGUGAAGGUCAGUCCCAGCUCCCAGCACAGUCACUGCCUCCACACAUGCUGUCCUCUAGCCAGUCGCUCGACCAAUCCAGUCCUAGCAAGAGGAAGAGAACUACCAGUCCAGCCAAGAACUCGGCUGAAAUCUGUUCCACCAAUCCAGUCCAACAGCAAGUUCCUAACUGUUACCUAAAUCCCCAGAAGCUUCAGCUCCUGGAACAGUUGCGGGCUAACAGAACAAACCUGAAGCCAGUGCAGCUUCAAAUGUUAGAACAGUUGGAAAAACAACUCAUUCUUAUGCAGCAGCAUCAGCAGAUGAGAUUGAAUGCUGUUGGUGAAGUGCGGCCCACCUUAUCCAAUGGACCUUGUCCAAAAAGUGACCCAUCACUGCCCGAUUCAAAAUCGCUCCCAUCACCGCGCCAUGCACCAGUUGCUCUCUCGAACACACCGAUCACCACGCAGCCCUCAUUUCGUACACCCUGCACCCUACAGCCAAUGGCCAACGGACCUGCUCCUGCGAGCCCUUCCCCCUGCAGUACUGCUGGAGCCCUGGCUAACACAGAGAGAAAUUCUGUGGGCAAUAAUCACUUACCAGGGCAAGGGAGCAAUGGAAAUGUGCCUUACCUGCAGCAAAACGCACUACCUCGUAACUGUGCAACCCCUACCAGCAGCAGCAGCACAAUGAAUGAUCAGCUGUGGAAAAGCCAACAUGUCAACUCCACUCAGGGGCUUAACAAAAGUCCAGGUUCGCAUUCAGCAGGUCCCAAUGGUGAACGGGCACUUUCUUCCACAGGGACGUCUCCGCCUACCUGCACAAGCGUUCCAAAUGAGUGUGGAUAUUCUUCACAGGAGUCUCUCAAUCCCCUUCCCUCUCCCCCUGUCCCUCACUCCUCUACCUCAGGUGGACAUCAAGGCCCUGCUCUGACCAAAGAGAGCAUGCCUUCCUCAAAUGGGCAUUUGGCGGGGAUGCCCAACAGCACUGCCACUGCAGGACGGCCUAAUCACGUCCAUCAGGGCUCGGCAGGUGCUCCUGUGCCCGAACUUUGCUCACCAGCUCAGCUCAGUCCAGACAAUCUUCCACUCUCGGCCUUGCAUAUGGGAAAAGCCAGUAGUAAUGAUGUUAGUAAAGACAGUGGGGUGGUUGCUCUUGGCACAACGGUUAACAGCAUUCACCUACAAAUGGGCUCUAAGACGCAGGAGAACUCUGUUGCUUCAUCACCGUGCUCAGCCAUGUCUACAGCCACACCUUCUCCCAAAUCUGCGGAGCACAACAGCGCUGGCAGCCUUAACAGCCCCAGGCUCAAUGGGAAAGGCCUGGAGGACUCGCAAAGCCCAAUGAAGGUGGACUCCCCUUUAGUCUGCUCUAAAGCUCCAAACCCUUCGCUUGUUCCAUGGGCAUCUGUCUCCAUCUACCCAAGCUCCAGGGAAGUGCUUAAAGCCUGCAGACACCUUGGGAAAAACGGUGUAUCCACGAGUAGCAUCUUAAUGGACAGAUGUCCCCCUCCAAGGGUCCCUUCUUCACCCUUCCCUCCACUACCAAAGGACAAACUCAACCCCCCUACGCCUAGUAUUUAUUUGGAGAGCAAAAGGGAUGCGUUCUUCCCACCACUUCACCAGUUCUGCACUAACGCGGUCAACCCUGUUACAGUUAUCCGAGGCCUUGCUGGAGCACUUAAGCUGGACCUGGGUCUGUUUUCCACUAAGACCUUGGUGGAGGCAAACCCAGAUCACCUGGUGGAAGUGAGGACUCAGUUCUUGCAGCCCACUGAUGAGAAUUGGGACAUCACCGGCACCAGGAAGACAUGGCGCUGUGAGAGUAGCCGAUCCCAUACCACCAUCUCCAAGUAUGCGCAGUACCAGGCCUCCUCUUUCCAGGAGUCUCUGCGUGAGGAGAAUGAAAAGAAAGGACAGAAGGAGCACUCUGACACAGAAUCAGCUCCUGCAGAAAAUUUGGUACGACGACGAAGAGGUCCCUUUAAGCACAUCAAGUUUGGGACAAACAUUGACUUGUCAGAUGAGCAAAAGUGGAAGCUGCAGCUGGCUGAGUUGAGUAAGCUGCCUGCAUUCGCUCGUGUUGUUUCUGCAGGGAACCUGCUCACUCAUGUGGGCCAUACUAUCCUGGGCAUGAAUACUGUCCAGCUCUAUAUGAAGGUCCCUGGCAGCAGGACACCAGGUCAUCAAGAAAACAACAAUUUCUGUUCAGUCAACAUUAACAUCGGCCCAGGAGACUGUGAGUGGUUUGCUGUACCCGAGUCAUACUGGGGUGUUCUGAAUGACUUUUGUGAGAAGAAUAACAUCAAUUUCUUGAUGGGCUCAUGGUGGCCUAACCUGGAGGACUUGUAUGAAGCUAAUGUGCCAGUGUAUCGCUUCAUCCAGAGACCAGGAGACCUAGUGUGGCUAAACACGGGCACAGUACACUGGGUGCAGGCCAUUGGCUGGUGCAAUAAUGUAGCCUGGAAUGUAGGCCCUCUCACCGCACAUCAGUACAAGUUGGCAGUGGAGCGCUAUGAGUGGAACAAACUCCAGAGUGUCAAAUCCAUCGUUCCUAUGAUUCACCUCUCUUGGAACCUGGCCAGAAAUAUUAAAGUAUCGGACCACAAGCUCUUUGAGAUGAUCAAGUACUGUUUGCUGAAGACACUGAAGCAGUGUCAGAUGCUCAGGGAGGCUCUGAUAGCUGCAGGCAGAGAGCUGGUGUGGCAUGGGAGGACCAAGGACGAGCCAGCACACUACUGUAGCAUUUGUGAGGUGGAGGUCUUUGACCUACUGUUUGUCACCAGUGAGAGCAACUCGCGGAAGACCUAUGUGGUGCAUUGUCAGGACUGUGCUCGUCGAGGCAGUCCAAACCUUGAAAAUUUUGUAGUUUUGGAGCAGUAUAAGAUGGAGGAUCUGAUGCAAGUCUAUGACCAGUUCACAUUAGCUUCACCUCUGCCUUCCUCCACAUCUUGACAUUAACAUUAACAAGUUCUGAGGAUAACCCCCUGGAACGCAACAUAACUCUUUCUGAUAUUCAGGAGUAGUGACCCAGUUCCACACCACUGGUUUCUGUAGCAAAUAGCACAAGGCUGCUGGCUCUAAACUGUUUGUCUAUGCAACCCAAAUACAGAGUGUCACCCCCACUGGUCUGGAGUGGGCAGUGGGCACCUCUCCAUUCUAUUCUCGGACUGUUUUGACUGGCUCAGCACCACUCCUUAGAGGGAAAAGGCAAACUAUAUACAAAGGACAAAUCAGUGAAAAAUCGUACAUAUAUUACAACUGGCAAAAUCGCUCAAACUACUGAUGUGUCUGUUUCCUUUUCUUUCUUUUCUUUUGUUUUGAAUCUGAUGAAUUUCUUUCCUUUCUUAAGUGAUUUAUGUAUGGGGUGAUACAUGACCAUAGUUCCUUGAAUUUCUUUCUCUACUAAAUGAGUACUAGGGUAGCUGGUCUUUCUUAAAUUUCUUUAGGCAAUGAAACUGAAAAAAGAGAAUUAUAAUGUGAAGGUAAUUCAUUUUUUUAUCAGUUUGUUAGUCUUAUAUAUAUAUAUAUAUAUAUAUAUAUAUAUAUAUAUAUAUAUAUAUAUAUAUAUAUAUAUAUAUAUAUAUAUAUAUAUAUAUAUAUAUAUAUAUAUAUAUAUAUAUAUUGUAGAUAGAUAGUAAGGGAAAAACAGCCAAGUCACAAAGAAACAUGGGUUGCACAUGGCUAAUGAGUAAACUUUAAUUUGUACUUUUUGUUAUGUUUCUAAUCUUGUAAAUUUACACUAUUUAUAAAUGUGUAUUUAUUGCUUGAAAAUAUUUGUUGAUGGAAUGCUGUUAUUUUUUGAGAGUACAUGCCAUUAAAUUUUAUGGAGCAGCGUCGUUUUAAUCAUUUCUCUUGUUUUCUAUACAUGGAUUAUACUGUUUAGUAAGAAAUGUAAGGAAAACACUGUCAAACUGUUUGACAGGUGUUUGAAUUAUUAAACAGUUUGAAUGGAA